UCUCUGUUUUACUCUACUUUCCAAACUUGUGCUUCCAUGCUUUCGAGCUUCCUGGUUUUCUGUUCGUCUUCUCGGUGAAGAAAAAUGUCUUUUGGAAGAACAAAAUAUAGUUCAGAGGAAGAAAGGACUCUUGCCAGAGCACUGGUUUGAAUUGGCACACUGAGUACACUACUGGGAUGAUAUUGAAGUCGGAAUAUUACUUCGUUUACUGAAGCAUACCAAAUCUCAAGCAUUCGUUUCAUUCACAGCGCAGUUUCAAGGAAAUCUAGCAGUGAUGAAGAGGAAUUCGUUAAUGGAAGUUUCCGAGCUAGAGACUAAAGAGAAGAAUCCAAAGAUGAAGAAUAAGAAGAGGAAGCUAAAGAGUCCUCAAAAAGCCGAGAGGCCUCCUAAGUCUGCCCGGGUUAUCAUUCCACUGGAAGAGGAAGUUGUAGAUGAACCAGGACGGGUUGAGAAGUCGGAACAGAGGGAGUUGUUUCGAGGGUCUGAAGAAGGUCGUCCGUGGAGGAACUUGGAGUUGAUUUUCUUGAUCCAGAACAAAGAGCUCGACCAACAAAAGAAGGUCGAAGCAGUUUUCAGCUUUGUCGACUCAAAGCUGAAAGAGGAAGAUAAAUGUUAUGAUACAGUAAAAAUUUCGCGCUUGAUAGUUUUUCUUAGUGAUUGGGUGCAAUCAUUGUUGAUAUCAUUUGAAAAGAAGGCAAAGAAUGAUGGUGGGAAACAUCUUAAGAUGGCUAUUGAACCGUGCUUGGAUUAUAGAUGCUGGGAGGUUUUUAAAUUUUGUUUGGAAGAAUCAGUCAAAAUGAACAUUACUUUGAAUCUAUCCAGAAACCUUUUACAUGCCUUUUGUUUUGUUACAAGAAAUGCAAUCUCCCUUCUAGAUGUGUCCUCGAGCUCAAAAGAAGAGUUAUUUGCUGGGGAUUGUUUGAAGUUGUACAAUUGCGUGCAAGAUUGUGUUUCUUUAGUAUUUUCAUCCCAUUUGGGUCUAUCCAAUGACAAUUUAGACGCUUGGAUUUCUACCAUCGAUGCAGUGCUUGAGUUUCUUCACAAAAUUCAUGUAAAUAGCCUUGAAGGUGAAGAUGUAGGCAUUUUUGCUACGUUAUUUUCCCGUAUGAUGCUUGAGCCUUUUGCUAAAUUUUUGUGGAUUCACCCCACCAAGAAAACUGGAUUUCACAAUUUUGUCAAUAAACUUCUGGAACCAUUACUGCAAUUAUUGCGUGACUUAAGUCUCAAAGCUGAUGGAUGUAAUCAUGGUAGGACAAGAACAUUGAUGAAGUUACUUGAAGACGUUCUAUCUCAUGCUUUGUUUCACACAGUUCAUAUUGAUGGGUUUCUGUGCUUGCAUGGUUCAGAGAAGGUUACAAAAUCCCAUGAUGAGAAAUUAGAAGAGUCUAAAGCACAUAUGAAGAGCUAUCAUAGACAUUUAUUUGAUAAAGUGCAAAAACUAGUUGCAGAAAAGAAGUUCUUGGCAUUGGGUGCAGUAGGAGAACUGUUUGACGUGCUUGUUGUCAGAGUUAAUAAGGUGAAAGGAGCUUCAAUGUUGUUUGAGGACACCAAACUGAACAACAAAAUGGGAUGUUUCGGACAUUUGAGGGAUGAUACAUCAAGUCAUGCAUCACGUGCGCUUCAAGGAAGUGCUGAUGGACUCUCAGAAAAAAGCAAUUAUUCAAGCAGUUUGAGUACAGAAAUAAGGAAGUCUCUGUUUGAGUUUUUUGUACAGAUUUUGGAUCCUUUGCUUCUGACCAUUGACCACAUUAGUGCUGAAAUUAAACUGGGACCAGCCUUGUCGGAUGUUUGUUACUUACUCAAAUCAAUAAAUAAUCUACUUGCAAGUUUUAUGAAGGGAAAGGUGUACUUGAGAACAGAGGAUAACUCUGAAGGGGCUUACCUUAAUUUCUUAAAAAAGGUUUAUGAUAAAGUAAUGUUUGUUUCCUCUAAUUUGUUAUCAUUAUCAAGACACGAGUUAGAAAACAAUAUAGACCAGGGAGUUUUUGUCUUAGCAGCCAAUGAGAUACUGGUGACUGUUGGUUAUCUUCUGGAAAUUGAAUAUGAUGUGAUUGGGAAUGAUUUGGUGAGCUUAUGGCUUGUGAUUAUUUCUUACUCUGCCAUUAAUCUUUCUUUCACAAGCAUACCUGAGCAACACUUGUUGACUUCCAGGAUUCAAGAACUUGGAUGCCAGCUGGUUGUUUUAUAUGGUCAGUUACGGCAGGUCAAUAUUAUUAUUUUUGCUUUAUGCAAGGCCAUGAGGACAGUAAUAUCAAAUGAAGGUGAAAAUGAAAAAAGUUAUGCUAGCUUUAUGACCUCUUUAGGUCAUGAAGCUUAUGGAAAAUCAGUUGGGACGCUAGUCUCUUCACAAGAAAUUAAAUUUGCAAUUCAUAAAGCUAUUAAAUAUGUACCAGAAGGGCAAGCGAGUGGAAUUAUUCAGCAGUUAACUGAGGAUGUGACGGAGACUUUAGGAUGGCUGAGACUUUGUAAUUUGAACUUGAAUACAAGAAACAGCAAAAGUUGCUUGAAUCUGAAAACUCUGCUUCUUGGAAGAGGGUUGUCUGAAAUGUAUGCUCUGAUGUUGGAUUCUCUGAUGAUCACAUCUGGCAAUGCUCUCCAAAUUGGAACUUCAAUUGAUAACUUGAUUUCAGUCUUACGUCCUUGCAUGAGUAUUUUGGUUGGACUGCAGUCAGAUGGUGCAAAAGAAUUUGUCGUCGCUAUCAUGGAGAAAAAAUGUGAUGAUGUGGUUGCAGAUGAAGAUAACUGUCAGGGAUUUGGAGUGAUCAGUCACUGGGUCUUUGUUUUCUUCUUUCGCUUGUACAUGUCCUGCCGGAGCCUGUAUAGGCAAGCAAUUAGUCUGAUGCCCCCAGGUUCAUCUAGAAAAAUGUCAGCAGCGAUUGGAGACUCAAUGGUAGCCUAUUCUGCUUGUGAUUGGAUGCAGAGGACUGACUGGAGUGAUGAAGGAUAUUUUUCAUGGAUAAUUCAACCUUCAGCUUCUGUUCUUGCUGUUGCCCAAUCUAUUUGUAGCCUUUAUCAUCAAGGCACUGAUGAAGAUUGGUACCCUUUAAUUUACGUAUUGCUUACCAUGGCUCUUCAGAGGUUAGUGGAUUUGAAUAGGCAGAUAGACUCUCUCGAAUAUUUGCACCAGAGAAAUGAGAAUCUAAUGCAGGUUGAGGUGCUUGGUGAUGAUGACUUGUCAGUGUUACGGAAAAAGAGCAAAAAGUUUGGAAGGCUCGUCUCAGUUUUGCAAAAGGAAGCAGCAGAUCUUACUGAUUUCAUGAUGAGCCAUUUAUCUUUAAUAGCUAAACGCCAAAUUUUGAAUCCGGCUAAAAUUGCAACUUCAAAUGAAAAGUGUAUUGAAACACUUGAUGAGAUCGAUGAUUGGGACUUUAGUAUUUGUAGCAUGAAUAAAAGGUCAUUUCCCACAGCAGUUUGGUGGGUUGUUUGCCAGAAUGUUGAUAUUUGGGCCAUUCAUGCUGCUAAGAAGAAGUUAAAAAUGUUCCUUUCUUUUUUAAUUCGUACGUCCCAUCCCUUCUUAACAAGCAAUGAUAUGAAGAUUGAAUCGCAACAAAACGAUGGAUGUCAGCAGCUAAAUAAAGUGUCUCUGCAACAAAUUUCUUCAUCUGUACUAAGUGACCCCAUCUUUUAUGAACAAAGAUUUGUCUGCAGGUUUAUGCCAUCAAGGUUUUGCCAUGAGUUGAAGGCAACGGUAUUACCAUCUUUUCAUGAUAUUAGUACGAGUUCAGCUGAUUGGAUGGAGGUGAUAGCCACACUUGAGCUCUCAACUACAGAAGAUUGCCAAUCGAAAAGUGAUUCACCUCCAAGCAAUGUGAGAUUCAGAGCUUGUCAACAUUUUAUUAACCUUUUAUGUUGGAUGCCAAAAGGGAAUAUUAGUUCAAGGUCUUUUUCCCUUUAUACGACAAAUGUUCUCGAACUUGAAAGGCAAUUGGUGUUAGAUAGUCAGACUACUUUAUGUUCUGAAAAUCAAUUUGAGCUCCUCAAAUUGUUUGCAUCUUGCCGGAAGGCCUUGAAAUAUAUAUUUACGGCUUACUACGAGGCUGGCGAUAGGCAAAGCUCAUCUACUCCAGUUCCAUCUGAAAAUCAAUUUCCUGUUUCAUGGCUUUUCAAGUCUGUAUCAAUUGUUAAUCAGCUUCAAGAUGCUUCUUCAGGAGGUAGUGACAGACAAAUUAAGGAUAUCAUCUUUUCAUUGAUGGAUCAUACAUCAUACUUGUUUUUAACGACUAGCAAAUAUCAAUUUAAGAAUGCUCUCCGCUUAAUUGUAAUUGACAACAAACCCUGCAUGGAGCAACCCGAGAAUGUUAGCCAUGAACUAAACGAUGGAGAUGAUCUAUUUUUAGGUUCCAAUCGCUGUUUGGAAGCGUGCAAUAGUGCAAUCCAAAUGACUAUCAGUCUGAAGGAACAGGUGGAGAGUGAACUUAUCUAUCUGAAGAAGUCUAAUGUUACGGUUGGAGAUGGUAAAAACAGAGGCAAUAUGUAUAAAGUUUAUUCUCUAGCUUCUUGCCUGAAUGGAUUUUUGUGGGGCCUAGCAUCUGCCGAGGAUGACACUGAUUUGAGGAAUAGUAACCGUCACACGAGAUCAAUGAAGUUGAAAUGUGAAUUUAGUUCCCAACUUAACCUUUGCAUAAAUGCAAUUUCGGAACUAUUAGGUCUUAUCUUGGAAAUGUUUCUUGAUAGAGACAGUCAACGGCCCCAAAAAUUGUGUGAUUAUCAAACUUCUCAAGACUUUUUGGGUGUGAAUGAGCCCUCUGGUAAGGGCCCUAGCUCCGAGGUUGAUACAUCAUGUAGUAAAUAUCAGAAAUUGGAAUCUUCUCAAAGUGAUGAUGACAAUAAAAAUACUAGCUUAAAGAGAAAAAGGUUGAAAUUGGGAAAUAAAAGCAGUGUUGCCUCUAUUCUCAGUGAGGCUAACUUAAUUGAGAUGCAAUCUUUGAACAAACCUUUUCUGCGAGGGCUGUUGAAAGGUUCCUAUCCUGAAGCAGCAUUUGCACUCAAACAGCUAUUUCUUGCUGCUUCAGUCAUUUUAAGAUUGCAUAUGAAAUAUGAUAGCAUUCCUUUGUCAUCAAGUUCUAUGGCCAUCCUAAUUAGCAUUUCACGAUUCUUGUUGCUAAAAUUUGUGGAUAUGGUUGAAGUGCCACAGCCCUUUUUGCUUACUUGCUUGGAUGGUGUUCUAAAGUAUCUUGAGGGAUUAGGUCAUCUGUUUCCUUUUGCUGAUCCUAUGCAAUCCAGAAAUCUAUAUUCCAACCUUAUAAAUCUACAUUUGCAAGCUAUAGGAAAGUGCAUAUCUCUACAAGGAAAAAGAGCUACUUUAACAUCCCAUGAUACAGAGUCCACUACAAAGACUCUUGAUGGUCACUUAUGUUUGUUCGAAGAAUCAUCUUUUCCCAGAAUCUACUACAUAGAUCAAUUUAAAAGUUCAUUGAGAAUGUCUUUCAAAGUGUUCAUAAGGAAAGCCUCAGAGUUGCAUCUCUUAUCUGCAAUUCAGGCUAUAGAGAGAGCCCUAGUUGGAGUGCAGGAAGGUUGUACAGCAAUAUAUGAAUUAUAUUCCGGAAGUGAAGAUGGGGGAAGGUGUUCCUCUAUUGUUGCAGCUGGUGUUGAAUGCUUGGAUUUGGUUCUUGAAUUUGCUUCAGGACGCAAGUGCUUGAGUGUGGUUAAAAGACACAUUCAGAGCUUAAUUGCUGGUCUGUUUAGCAUAGUUCUGCACUUGCAGACUCCACAAAUUUUCUAUUCAAGAAUGAUUGACACGAAAAACAAGAGUGAUCCAGAUCCUGGUUCAGUCAUUCUUAUGUCUGUUGAAGUGCUCACAAGAGUUUCGGGAAAGCAUGCUCUUUUCCAAAUGAAUGCUUGGCAUGUAGCAGAGUGUUUACGCAUUCCUGCAGCAGUUUUUGAAGAUUUUUCUCUUAAGCUCCAAGGACAAUCAGAAAAUUUCGUUAUCUCAGCUCGGGAAGUCUCCAAUGUAGUUGUAACCACAAGUAAUUCAAUUAUAGACAGACAAUUCUUAAUAGAUAUUUUUGCUGCCAGCUGCCGCUUACUAUAUACUGUUAUCAGGCACCAUAAAAGUGAGUGCAAGCGUUGCAUUGCACAACUACUAGCAUCGGUGUCUGUUCUUCUUCAUUCCCUUGAAAGAGUAGGUCCGGCUCCGGAUACCAUGGGUGGUUACUUUUCAUGGAAAGUAGAUGAGGGAGUAAAAUGUGCUUGUUUCCUCCGAAGGAUUUAUGAAGAGAUAAGACAGCAGCGGGAUAUCAUAGGGCAGCACAGUUCCCUGUUUCUUUCAAAUUACAUAUGGGUUUAUUCAGGAUUCGGUCCCCUUAAAUCCGGGAUUAUAAGGGAAAUCGAUGAAGCAUUAAGGCCUGGUGUCUAUGCUCUUAUAGAUGCUUGUUCAGCAGAGGAUCUUCAAUAUCUUCACACUGUAUUUGGCGAAGGUCCGUGUAGAAACACUCUGGCAACCUUGCAGCAGGAUUACAAACAAUUUUUCCAGUAUGAAGGAAAAGUCUGAUUAUGAUGAGAUUGAACUCUUUUACUUUCUGAUAUCAUAUCUAGCAAGAAAAAAGUUCGAAGGGGGGGCUGUUUGAUUGGAGAACAUUGCCUACCACACAGUUCUCCGGUAAAGUAGAUGCCUUAACCAUCUGUGAUUUUUUGUGUAAAUAAAUUAAAAUGAUCGCCCUAUCUUUUUUAUUAACUGUAUUUUAUUUCAAUCUCUAUUUUUUUCUCCAUUUUUUUUAACCAGAUGACAGUUAUUUCAAUCUCUAUUUGUGUGUCAUAGCUCUUAUAUUAGAUCAGGCAGAUUCCCAUUUUAUUAAUGAUAGAAGUUUUCGAGGGUCAAACUCGCAAUUUAUUUUA